UCUCUCGUUGUCUCCAUCGCCUUCGCGCCUCCCACUCUCCUCCUGCCCCCUGGCGAGCCGAUGCGGAGGCUCCUCGGGAGAGCUGCUGCGGCGGCGUCGGUGUAGAUCGCCCUCCGGUUAGGGGGGAUUGGGUGUUCAUUGCUCUCCUGCGAUGGCGGCGGCGGUGUUCGCCGCGGACCGGGGCGCGGCGACGGCGGCGGCUGGCCGGUGCGCCGCAGGGGCCGAGGCGACGGCCGAUCUCCGCGGUGGAGGGGCUCGGGCUCGGGGCGCUGUGGGGGCGGCAGGGCCCGGGAAGAGGAGCGUGUACCUCAUGGAGUGCGUGCCGCUGUGGGGCUGCGCCGCGACGCGCGGCCGCGGCGCGGAGAUGGAGGACGCGUGCGCCGCCGUGCCUCGCUUCGCCGACGUGCCGGUGCGGAUGCUUGCGGGGAGGAGGGAGCUGGACGGGCUCGAGCUGGACUUCGACGCCACGUCGCUCCGGCUGCCAGCGCACUUGUUCGGCGUCUACGACGGGCACGGCGGCUCGGAGGUGGCGAACUACUGCCACGAUAGGAUCCACGUUGUGCUAAGAGAAAUUCUCAGAAGUAAGAUGGCUUUAACGGAUUUGGAAGAGGUGGACGUGCAGGAGCAGUGGGAGAAAGCUUUUGGUGACUGUUUCCAGAGGGUAGAUGAAGAGGUGUCCGGGAAAGCAAGCAGGCCUAUGCUUAACAAUGGCGUCGAGGAGUUACGAUUUGAACCUGUGGCCGCCGACAACGUAGGCUCCACAGCUGUUGUUGCAGUUGUUUGCUCUUCUCAUGUGAUAACUGCCAACUGUGGAGAUUCACGCGUUGUGCUCUGCCGUGGGAAGGAGCCCAUUGAUCUGUCCAUCGAUCACAAACCUAAUAGGAAAGAUGAACGUGCAAGGAUUGAAGCCGCAGGAGGGAAGGUCAUCGACUGGAAUGGGUAUCGAGUGUCUGGUAUACUCGCUAUGUCACGGUCAAUCGGUAUAACAGCAGUAAGUCUAAGCCCACAAUGGCCUGUUGCUGCAUUGGCUGAUGUAGCCUAUAUUGAACCAUCAGUGCUUACCCUGAUUCCCUAUUUAGUAAUAAUCUGUUCAGUUCUUUCCUUCUGCGACAUCAUCAUACUUAUUUGAAUCUGUUGGGAAACAAGCUGGUUAUAUUGAUCACUGCGCUUUCUUCACGAACCCAAUCACUCCAGUUCAAAAAAAUAUUGAUCAAUUGUCAAUGCACAAUUAAAUUGAACUUUGGACAUACUUUUAUUACAAAGCAUUAAAGCUUGUAGGGUGGGUUAUUGUUUUUCUAUAUGUGUUAUGCUUUCAUAAGAUUAGAUGUGCCAUUCAUAUGUAAUUUUCAUUUAUAUUGUCAUCCUCGCAUCGGCCACUUCAGUUCAUGAAUUAUAACUCACAAAGAAAUGUCAUUCUUUCGUAUUAGCAAUCAGCAGUUUCAGUUCCAUAGCUUUUUUUUCGUCUUUAAAAACCAUGUUUAAGACUCACAAAGAAAUGGCAUUAUUUUGCAUUAGCAAUCAGCAGUUUCGGUUCCAUUGCAUCUUUUCAUAUUGAAAAUUCAUGUUUAUGAUUUAUCUAUGGGGCUGUGUUCCUCGAUCAUGUUCUGGUUCUUUGCUUGGAGUUUUGGGGGUGGGGAUGAAAAUUGCCGGUGAUCUUAAAUAUAUUUUUGUGAACGCAGUCAGAUUUAGUAUGCAGAUGUGCAUAAGAAGGUAUCUGCGAAAGUAGAAAAGCUCUCUUAUUGAAGGAACAAGGUACCCUGUAUACUUUUGUUAUGAUUUGUGCAAGCAGUCCUGGCAGUUGUGGCUAAUACUGGGUAUUGGUCGUAUCUGUUCACAGUUCUGACACUGUCUGAAUAGUUCCAUUAUACUUCAAUACUUGGACAACACUGUUCUUCCAAUUCCAUAUGGAAAUUUAGUUGAAUUAAGAACUAGUUCAGCCAAUUCUCUGUGCAUUUGAUAAAAUUUUUUGUCUUAAUUUCUGCAUCUUUUAAAUAACUUGGUGGAAAUCUCUGCUU